GUGCGAAUAGUUAUUAGUUUGAAUUAAUCUAUAAUAUAUUUUUAUUGCUAGCAUGCUCACAUUGUGUCUAAAAUUAUCGUGGCUACGCUUUGUAAUCAUGAAUGCAAUAGUCGACAAGUCAAUAUGUCAGGAACAAAUGGAAUAAUGUAUUGGUGGCAAAAAUAUAAUGAAAUAGUGCAUAAGUGUAGUAUUUGACGCUCAAUUUCGUUUAGCGUCGUAUGAAACAAUAACCCAUAAUGUGGAUAACAUUAGAAAAAUGACACGGAAUAUUCUGAAGGUUCUCCAUAAUGAGUAGCGUUGAAGAUGGAGAGGUACCCGCCUCUGAAGACAUCCCCAUGGGGAACCCAGAAGAUAUUGCCAAAAAUCCUGCUGCAUUAAAAGAGGCUCAUGAGGAGAUGGCUACAUUGGAUGUUCUAGUGUGUGGUCAAUGCCACUCUGCAUUCCAUUAUAUUGAGGAAUUCAAAGAGCAUAAAGAUGCAAGCAACUGUACUGGCAAGUCUCCAGUCAGGGAUAGUAAUGAAAGCAAAGCACAAGUUUGGGCAUUUUUACUAUGGAAAUGCUCUUCAGCUCGAGAUGGAUCAACCAUUAAUGCUGACAACAGCUGGAAGCUGUACCAGCAGUGGUGCCGCAUGCCGGAAUCCCAACGUACUGCGUGGAUCACUGCCGGAGCCAAUGUUCAAGCUCAAUCUAAGUUUGCUCAUGCUAAAGUUAUGGAAUUGAAGACUGAUGAUCAACUGGUUCCUGUUCAGACACCAACACAGGAGAAGAAGCCUCGUGGCAGACCAAGGAAGAUUCCAAAAACGGAGGAGUCUGGUGAAGAGAGUGACAGUCACCAUAAAGUUAGUCCUGCACAAAAGGUCUAUGUCAAUAAAGUAGCUGCUCAGAAUCAAAAUCCUAUAAAGAAGGAGUUGGCCGACAAGGAGUCCGUCCGCAACGCCCAGGAGCGCGUGCCCCCGGAGGAGCGCAUCGCGCGGCGCACGGAGCGCGAGGGCGCCGACCCCGCCGAGGCCGGCGAGUACGUCGUCGAGAAGAUCCUCGCCAAGCGGUUCAACCCACGGCGCAAGCAGUAUGAGUACCUGCUCAAAUGGGAGGGGUAUCCUCAUGAGCAGAACACAUGGGAGCCGGUUGAGAACAUGGAGACAUGCAAGCACCUUCUGGAGGCGUUUGAAAAGCAGCUAGCGCGCCAGAAGGAGCUCAAGGCGCUGCGCGCGCAGCAGCAACAACAGACUCCUAUACAAGUCAAACAAGUAAGCACUCCAUUGCCACAGGUUGUGAAGCAGGUGGUCAAGAAAACAGACAGCCCGGCGCUCACACCGACAGGACGUCUGCAGCGAACAAGCAAGGUGCGAGCUCUAGACCAGGUGAAGGCGUGGUGCGGCGCAGAGGACGAACCUUCAGCCAAGAAGGUGAAGAGAGAAGCUUCCAGCGAGGACGAGGAUUACUCGGACCACGACAACAAACUUGAGAAGAAAGUGCUGAAUGGGCAAUCUUCACCCAAGGCGACGCUCGACCCGGAGCUGGUGAAAUCGCUCGGGCUCGGCGGCAAGGGCAUGCCCAACAUCAAGGGCGUCAUCAAAGUGGACCCUAAGCACAUGCCCAACCUCACCACUGGUGUGUACAUUAUGUCAAAGAGCUCAGGCAUAAUGAAAAUCGACUCGCCCGGCAAGUUGGGGCCUGGUUUGAACAUAGAUCAGGACGUAAUUAGGAAACAGAUCAUUGCUGCCAAACAGAAAAAGGCAGAAGAAGCGAAGAAAGCAUCGCCAGUACGUACUCCAGUCACAUCACAGAUAAAGAAGACAUUCGGCUCGGGUGGACAGCAGGUGACAGAGAAAACUAUAAUAACCCCGUCGGGGCAGAAGAUCAUUCAACGCACCAUUCAGAGACCCGCGGCCCACGGCAGCGACGGCAAGUCACCCGUCAACAUCCUCAACAAGAAGCUAGCACAGGGCGACAGCUUGCUACGUCGCGGCGGGUCGGGGCGAGGGCGCGGUCGCGGUGGCUACUCCGUGUCCACCGCCGGAGGGAACAUCGUGCGUGUGAGGGACAACAAGAGUCUGCCGCUAAUCGAGUUCGAACAGUCGGACGCGUCGUCGGAGACGUCGGACGGUAUCGAGGACCCGUUCCCCUCGGAGCUGGGCCCCAUCCCGCCGCCGUCGCCGCCGCGCGCGCUGACGCUGGACCCGUGCACGGGGCGGCGCCUGGCGCGCGCCGAGGGCGAGCCCACGCCGCCGCCCACGCCCAGCCCGCCGCCCACGCCGCCCACGCCCGAACCUGCCGUGCCCACUAUGCUCAUGAAGGUGGAGAUGUCUCCGGGAGGCACGACAGGCAUGUUGGUGCAAGGUGACGUAGCUCAACCGUCAUUACCGGUGCUCACAGAUGAGGACGGCACUGAGGUGAAAGUGGAAGCCAGUGCCGUGAAACAACUGCUUGAAGAAAGCAUAGGCGUCGAUGAAGGCGAAGAGGUCAACCUAUUACAAGCUGGUCAUCCACCUAUCAUGAUCAGGGGAGAAGAUGGAGUACUAUAUCAGGUUGCGGGAGAGAACGAAGCGGGCCAGACGUUACUAGUAGCGGCGGAGGGCGUGGAGGGAGCCGUUGAAGGCGUAGAGGCUGGCAUGGAGGGCGACGGAGACGGCGUCAUGUACGUGACGCGGGAGGACGGACAGGACGUGCUGGCCAUCGACCCGGCGCAGCUAGCGCAGCUGAUGCCGGGAGGCGCGGGCGCGGGCGAAGCGCCGGCGCUGCAGCAGGUGGCCGUGCAGGUGGAGGGCGAGCCCGGCGAGGACGCCACGCAGGUCAUCGCGCAACUGGUGCAGGCCGACCUGCCCUCGCCAGGUGGUACGCGACGAGUGGUUCUACUGCUACCCGACGGUAGUUUCACGAUGACUGAGCUCGACAAGGAGCAGUAUGAGUCUAUUACAGAGGCGGGCAAAGCGCAGGAGUGAAAGAAUUCUAUCUAUCAACAAGACAUUGUCUAGUGACCAAAUGAAAUUCAUACGCUACACGAAAUGUCUUCCUCUAAGUGAUCAGGAAGAUUAUCAGGAAAAACACUAGAAAUAUUGGCGCGUGAAACAGAUUAUCUAUCGCCCGUGGUCGUUCUCAACUCGAAACUAGUUCCGUAGUGUUGCCAAUAAAAAAAUAUUUUUAAAUUAAAUGCUUAUACACCUCAAUGAAGAUGUAGAUACAUUUACUCAUUAUUCGCCAUUUAUUCCAAAGGGAUAUAUGGCGUAAAUAUUGCGAUUCGGAGUAGUCGGACAUAGGUAGAUGAUUAAUAAAAAAAUAAAAAACUUAUUUGAUAAAUACCUGAUUCAUUCUGCAUUUGGAUUAAGCACAUCACAUGUAAAUACACAUUAAUUUGGUUAUGUUGAUAGCUUAAAUUCAUUCUUAAUUGUAUAGAAGGUAGGAUUAUACCAAUAGAUAGGCUUACUUAUCAAGAUAAAAUAAUGUCAGUAACGGGCUACGUUUAUCGCUAUUAUUAAUUUAAAAUAACAUAGAAUCACGGCUGUAUUCGCGAAAGGGUAGGCAGAGGUGUUUAGUUUAUACACCGACUCCUCCCCAGCUAUUAUUAAUUUGGUGAACAAUUUAUGGAAACAAGUCGUGGCUAAAUAAAAUGAAAUAGUGACUUUAGAAACAUAGUAAACCAUAAAAACUAUUUAUCUCAUGUCUACUUAUUACAAAAUAGCAAAACAAAAGACAGUAAGAUAGUGUACUCGUGAUUACAAAAUUAAUGCCUUCAUUUUGGUUUCAAUUCCAUUCUAUGUCAUUGUUUUAUAUAAUUUCAUCUUUUUGGAAGGACAUUCAAUCACUUUCAUUUUGUAAAUAGUCGUUAUUAUUUUGUAUUCAUGCUAAAACAAGGAUAUUUUCAGUAGAAUAAGCACUGUGGAACAGGAAAUGUAAAAUCAAUGAUAUAAAGACAAACAUCUUACUUAUUCUACUUGUAAAUUCCUAUUUGACUGCUUAUUAUGUGUAACCUUAGUUGUAUGAUGUAAAUGUUUUAUUGAUACCUAGGAUUUUUAAUUGAGUCAUGUUAUAUUAUAAAAACUACUUAUAUGCUAGUUCUUAUACUGCAACAUCACAUUAAUUCGAGUCUUUGGUAUUUUUCCUUAAACAUCCUGGGUGAAACUUUGUAGUUCAUUUUAUAAUGAUGAGUAUAUUAUUAAUUUUAAAUAAACCUUAUUUACUUGAA